CAGAAGGUGCCAGGACUCGGGAGGAGUCGGCUCGGGUUGGGUUUUCCUUCUCGGCAGAGCGUUCCCCCUCUGUUUCCUCAAUAGCCCUUUCCGCUCCUCAAGGAAGGUGAAGGGAGGCAGAAGGAUUCAGCCUUUUUUUCGGUUCUUUCCCCGCAUUGCUCGACGAGGGGACAUUCGUCUCAGGCAGACGUUCUCUGAGGUGACCCCCAUCCCGACCAAGAAGACAGGGGCCUCUCCUCCUCCUCCUCCUCUUUCCCGCCAAAAUGAACUACCUGCGCCGCCGGCUCUCCGACAGCAACUUCAUGGCCAACCUGCCCAACGGGUACAUGACCGACCUGCAGCGCCCGCAGCCCCCCCCACCGCCGCCGCCCAGCGCCACCUCCCCGCCGCCCGGCAGCCUCUCCCCCGCCGACAGGGGGCCCUCUGCCGCCGCCCCGGCCCCCACAGCCCCCAGCCCCGGCCCCACGUCCGGCGGCGGCAGUGGGGGAGGAGGGGGCUUCUUCUCUUCGCUCUCCAACGCUGUCAAGCAGACCACCGCCGCCGCUGCCGCCACCUUCAGCGAGCAGGUCGGCGUCGGGGGCAGCGCCUCCGGGAAGAGCAAGGUCCUGCUCGUGGUCGACGAGCCCGGGACAGACUGGGCAAAAUAUUUCAAGGGCAAGAAGCUUCAUGGGGAGAUGGACAUCAAAGUAGAACAGGCAGAAUUUUCUGACCUCAACCUGGUAGCUCAUGCCAAUGGCAACUUUUCGGUGGACAUGGAGGUUAUACGCAAUGGCGUCAAGGUAGUGAGGAGCCUGAAGCCGGACUUUGUGCUGAUCCGCCAGCAUGCCUUCAGCAUGGCGCGUGGGGGAGACCAUCGUGGCAUCGUGAUUGGGCUGCAGUAUGCGGGGGUGCCUAGCGUCAACUCCCUGCACUCAGUGUACAACUUUUGUGACAAGCCCUGGGUGUUUGCCCAGAUGGUUCGUCUCCAUCGCAAGCUUGGACCAGAGGAAUUCCCGCUCAUUGAGCAAACCUUCUAUCCCAAUCACAAGGAGAUGCUUACAACCUCUAAGUACCCCGUAGUGGUGAAGAUGGGGCAUGCACAUUCAGGAAUGGGCAAGGUCAGGGUGGAGAACCAGUAUGAUUUCCAGGACAUCGCCAGCGUGGUGGCUCUCACCAAAACCUAUGCCACUUCAGAGCCCUUUAUCGAUGCCAAAUAUGAUGUCCGUAUCCAGAAGAUUGGCACCAACUACAAGGCCUACAUGAGGACCUCUGUUUCUGGAAACUGGAAGACUAAUACUGGCUCUGCCAUGUUGGAGCAAAUAGCCAUGUCUGACAGGUACAAGCUCUGGGUAGACACUUGUUCAGAAAUCUUUGGUGGCCUCGACAUCUGUGCAGUGGAAGCUCUUCAUGGCAAGGAUGGGCGUGACCACAUCAUUGAGGUAGUGGGAUCAUCCAUGCCUCUCAUUGGAGAUCAUCAGGAUGAAGACAAGCAUCUGAUUGUGGACCUGGUCCUGACCCGCAUGGCCCAGGCUAUUCCUCGCACACCAGUGCCCUCACCUGUGCGCUCUGCCUCAGGACAGCACACCCAGGCUCAGUCAGCUCAACCUGCACAGCGACAAGGCCCUCCUGCCCAACAGAGACCCCCACCCCAGGGAGGGCCUCAGCAGCCACCUGCAGGAGCGCAGCGGCCUCCAUCUCAGCAGCGGCCCCCUCCCCAAGGCCAACAGCUCUCUGGCCUCUCCCCACAAACUGGAGGCCCGCCUGGAGGUCAGCGACUUCCAAGCCCCACCACCCAGCAGCCCCCACCACAGGCACAGCAGCGUCCCAUAGGGCAGCGCCAGCCUGGCCCAGGAGCCCAGCAGCCUCGCCAGCAGGGGCCACCAUCUGCUCCGCAAUCCCCACAGCCCCAGAGAGGUCCAAGCCCUAGUGGUGGGGGGCAGCAGCAGUGGCAGCAAGGAUCUCCUCCCCAGCAGCGGCCUGCAGGAGCAGGUCCCCCCAAAGCUGGGCAACCACCACAACAGCCACCGCAACCACCAUCACAGCAGCAACAGCGCCCUCCAGCUGCAGGAGGUCAACCCAGGCAACAUCCACGGCAGGGCAGUCAGGGAGGGCCACCUCAACAGCGCCCACCAGGGGCAGGAGCACAGCAGCAGCGCCCAUCCCCACCUACGACCCAGCAGCCAAGGCCCAGCACUCAGGGGCAAGGCCCGGGAGGCCCAGGGCAACAAGGCAGCCGCCCUCCACCAAGCCAAGGAAAACCACAAGUGGCCCAGAAACCCACCAGUCAGGACCUGCCUCCACCGCAGCCCCAGCUGAACAAAUCCCAGUCUCUGACCAAUACCUUCCCCCUUGCAGAGGCGCCGGUGCCACGGGGCAGCCUUAGUCAGGAUGAAGUGCGUGCUGAGAGCAUCCGCAGCCUCCGACAGAGCUUCGCCAGCCUCUUCUCCGACUGAGAGACCUCCCACCUCCACGCUGCAAUCCUUGACAUCCUCCAUGCUUCCCUAUUCCACACUAGGGCUCCCUCUAUGUCUACUGAGACUCUCCAUGCUCCCCAUACCUUAUCUCCCCCCCCCCCAAUCUCAGUAGUUCUUUUGCCCACCCCAAACUUCCCAACUGAACCAAAAGGGUGGACCCUCCAUGAUGUAUUGAGGUCCAUCUCAGAAAUUUCUCCGCAUCUCACUGCACCCUCCCUAUCCAACAGCAAUCCCAGGUAAGGGAGGGACCCCUUGAGAUCUAUGGCUGAAAGAAAGCUGCACCUGCAGAAAAUCUUCAGGUCUAAAGAUGGGCCAAACUGUGUCCAGAAAUAGGAUGCUCAUGCUUUGAAAUGGGAAGGUUUGUUGUUCAGGUUCCUGAAAUAUUCACCCAGUCCAUGUCAGGCCUACCACGGUGUGCUGGGAUAUAUUCUUACAGAAAGUAUCUCCACUCGUUUCCCCUUAAGUGCCCAUUAAUAACUCCCUUCUUUUCUCAACUCAAGACCCAUGGCUCUCAGCUCCCAGCUCCCUCCUCCUGCUCUCUGCUUUAUAAAAUGAAUUAUCCUUACCAUUUGGUACCUACUUUCUCAAAACACUGCCCUCCUUCCAGAUACAUUAAGCCCACAUCUAUACUAGCAGAGAUUUCCCCUCUUCCCAUGCUCACCGGAGUCCUCUAUCUUGAAUCUGAGGCUGCAGGUUUCUCAAGUCCACAUUUCUUCUACACGAAUAUGCAAAACUCUGUGCCCGGCUCUCUUCUCCCAGCCCUGGUGCAUGGGACCCCUGGGGCAAGGGGACAGGGAGAGGAGAGGGGUCUCCGGGGAUCUCUGUAUAUAGCACGAGGGAGGGGACCCCCUCCUGAGGCCAUGUCUGUGUUUGUGGCCACAAAGGUGUCUGUGUCGCUGUUUGUGAAUAAGCCAAUCGAUUGCCACUCCCCUUCCUCCUCUGCCUUCAACCGUUUCCCCCUUGGUAGUUGUCCCUUCUCAAGCAACCAUUUACUUGGCUACAGGUUCUGCCUUUCCCACUGACAAUUGGCAACUUCCUUCCUUUUCCACUUGGCAACCGGCUACUUGGCAAAGCCUUAAUCCUGACACACACCCUUCCUGUACUACCUUUUAUGGCUUAAUUGCAUCAUCCUUGAAACUUUCAAGCACAUCCCCUCCCAAAACAUUCACCGAUGGCCAAGAGGUCCACUCCCCAAUGCCCCAGCCCUCCAACCUCAUACUGCCCUUUGAAUGGAGGACAAGCAGGACACAACUGAGAUUGACUCCAUUCUGGGCCUGUGGGGGAGGACAAGAUGGCUUCCAUGGACCCUAUUCUCCCUUUUCCCUCGUGGUCUGACCACUCAACCUAGCCAUCAUCCUGCUUGGAAGUUCAGUCCUUGCAGAGAACAGCCAUACUACUGCCACUGUAGCCAAGGGAUACUUCCGCCAUUUUGGUUGGUGGGUGAAAAAGAAAACACCACCAACCACCCAUGGACGUUCUGGGGAGGGGGGGCUCACUUUUGGAUUCCAGGGCUGGGUCCCCUCUCCCAUUCCCCCUUGUAUAUAACACAAGAGAGAACCCCCCCCCCCCACUCUAUUUUUGUGAUUCCCUUGAUCCCUAAAGCUGUGUCGCCUACCCUCACACCCCCGCCCCUUUGAAGAAAACCAAAACCACAGGGGCAGGGGGGGUGAAAUGCCACUUAAACACGUGAUGGUCUGGUAGCUGCAAAGUCGCGUGUCGUAGCUGUGUCGUGACAUGACGCUUUGAGCUGUGUUUGCAACUUAUUGUCAGGUUGGGGAGGGGGAUACCGCAGGGGGCUCAAACCCUGUAUUAUACAACUCCUUUCCCUUCCCCAACCUUUUCUCCCCAGAGAUAUACUCCUCCCCGCACCAAGGGACCUGGGGAGGGCAAUUUAAAGUGCUGACUUGGUAUCUUUGUUAUUUAUUCUUGUCUGGAAAAUGCUUCCCGCUCCCACACUCUUCUGGUGGGAUUAGAGGCCUUUCCUUUUGCUGUGAUUCUGUCUCUGUGUGGAUCAAAGUUUCAAUGGAUCAGUGGUGUAAAAGACAAAAAAUUACAUAUAUUAUAUAUAUCUAUAUAUAUAUUUAGAAAAGGUGCAAAUCUCAAAACCUACUGAAAGAAUACACGUUAUGUGGCUGGAACAAAAUAAAUAGAGACAGUUAUAUAUAUAAAUAUAUAUAUAUGCAGAGAAAGAUAUAUAUAUAUGUACUAAGAUAUUAAACUGGAGAAGUGAUGAGAAGAAA